AUGAAGUCUAACCUUUCUUUUCCUUUCUCAUUCUCAUGCAUUCUAUUUCUUUUUCUCUUUGUUCAACCCGCCUUUUCUCAUUUUCAGUACCCUCAUCUACAACCAAAUGAGCUACUAAAUAAUAGUGCACAUCCAUCACCUUUUGAGUUUCUUAAAAACAUGCAAGGGUGUCGUAAGGGUGAGAAAGUAAAGGGAAUUCGUGACCUUAAACUCUAUCUUAGCCAUUUUGGAUACCUCAACUACCAAAACAACCCUAAUAUCACAAAUCCUAAAGAAGAUCAUUUUGGUGAGGACCUUGAGGAGGCCAUCAAAUCAUACCAAGUCUAUUACCAUCUCAAUGCCACUGGAACACUUGAUGAGCCAACAGUGUCCAAGAUGGUCAUGCCGCGUUGUGGGUUUCCAGAUAAGGAAACCCAUCAACAUAGUGAUAAAUCUUUACAUACGGUCUCUCAUUAUCGAUUCUUUCCAGGGAGACCAAAAUGGCCUAAAGGAAAGAGGCAUUUAACAUAUGCUUUUGGAUCACGUUUCCCUACCCGAUUCAUGCCUCCAGUUACACGAGCUUUCAAAAGAUGGGCUACUGCUUCUCGAUAUUUUACAUUUUCAAGAGCUAGAACUUAUCGAAGUGCUGACUUAAAGAUUAGUUUUGCACGCCGAGCCCAUGGAGAUGGCGCCCCCUUUGACGGGCCAGGUGGAGUAUUGGCCCAUGCUUUUGCCCCUACAGAUGGAAGGUUACACUACGAUGCAGAUGAUCGUUGGGUGGUUGGAGCAGUACGAAACGCUUAUGAUGUUGAGACUUUGGCACUACACGAAAUUGGACAUCUACUUGGGCUUGGUCAUAGCCAGUUCCCAAAGGCGAUAAUGUGGCCUACGUUUAGGGCGGGAGUAACAAAAGGAUUGAAUUCAGACGACAUCCGAGGGCUUAGGGCUCUAUAUAGUAUUUAGCUUGUUCUAAAACAGGAAGGUAAUAUUGUGCAUUUGGUGUGCUCUCGUAUUUAAACCGGAAUAACGAAUGUUGCUUAUUUCUAAGGCAGAGUGCUUGUUUUACUAUGUAACAAUAUUGAAAGGGCAUAGUGUGUGAUUGUUGUGAAUUUUGUUCGAGGCUUCAAUUUUAAUGCGAAAUUUGUGUUCCUAAUAAAUAUUUUCCUGUCUUGUUCUAUUGUA